AGAGGGAAAUUAGAAAGGUUAAAUACAGAGGCAUCGUUGAAGGCCUAAAGACAUGCCGGCUAUUCCUAUCCAUUAGCCAGCGUUUCCGUUCAGAGCAAAAGAUAGGCCAGCGUUUCCGUUCCGAGCAAGCGACAGACACAUAGAGAGAGAGAGAGAGCGCAUAGAGUGGGAGACAGAUUCAUUAAGUUUUGGGAGCUUCUCUAUUUUCCGGUUGAAGAAUAAUGGGUGCCGGUGGUCAAAUGGCAGCUCCUCCGACUCCCAACAAGUCUGAUCAAUCCGACAGGCUGAAGCGAGUUCCCCACACAAAGCCCCCAUUUACACUCAGCCAGAUAAAGAAAGCCAUCCCACCUCAUUGUUUCCAGCGUUCUGUACACCGCUCUUUCUCCUACGUUGCUUACGACCUCGCAUUAGCCUCUCUCUUCCUCUACAUUGCCACCAAUUACUUCCACCACCUUCCUCAUCAACUUCUCUCAUACAUGGCUUGGCCAAUCUACUGGAUUUUCCAAGGUUGUGUCCUCACUGGCCUCUGGGUCAUAGCUCACGAGUGUGGCCACCAUGCCUUCAGUGACUACCAAUGGCUCGAUGACUUGGUUGGCUUCAUCCUCCACUCCGGUCUUCUUGUCCCUUACUUCUCCUGGAAGUACAGCCAUGGCCGUCACCAUUCAAAUACAGGUUCCCUUGAGCGAGAUGAAGUCUUUGUUCCGAAGAAAAAAUCCAGCAUCAGUUGGUACUCCAAAUACCUUAACAAUCCACCAGGCCGAGUCUUCACACUUGCCAUCACACUCACUCUCGGCUGGCCUCUGUACCUCGCAUUUAACGUUUCCGGCAGGCCCUAUGAUCGGUUUGCAAGCCACUACGACCCUCAUGGCCCCAUCUACUCGGAUCGCCAGCGACUCCAGAUAUACAUAUCCGAUGCUGGUGUUCUUUCUGUCUUUUACGGGCUUUACCACCUUGCCAUGACGAAAGGACUUGCUUGGGUUCUAUGUAUUUACGGAGGACCAUUGCUGGUCGUGAAUGGGUUCUUGGUGCUGAUCACGUUUUUGCAGCACACUCACCCUUCGUUGCCCCAUUACGAUUCCUCCGAAUGGGAAUGGUUGAAAGGAGCUUUGUCAACAGUUGACAGGGAUUAUGGAAUAUUAAACAAGAUUUUCCACAACAUCACAGAUACGCAUGUGGCGCACCACUUGUUCUCGACGAUGCCGCAUUAUCAUGCAAUGGAGGCCACGAAGGCAAUAAAACCUAUUUUGGGCGAUUAUUAUCAGUUUGACGGGACACCAAUUUAUAAGGCAACGUGGAGGGAGGCAAAGGAGUGCAUUUAUGUUGAAUCGGAUGAAGGUGGCGCCCAGAGCAAAGGUGUCUUCUGGUACGCCAAUAAGCUGUAGCACUAGUACUGCUGAUUGAAACUGCCUAUUAUAUAUUAGCUUAAAAUCCUUUAUAGGUCUAAUCCAAGUUGUAUGCUUACUGCGAAUUAGACCUUUUUUACGUUCUUCUGAUCUCAUAAAUAAUAUUGUUUCUUAAAUAAUGAGAAGAAAGCAAUACUUAAGCACAUUUGUAACCUAGCUAUUAGGAACAUCUUGAAACUUGAUUUGAUAUAUGAAUCCUCAUGGCUUGAGAAUUAAGUCAGAACAUUUACCUUUUGAAGCGUA